GUCGGCCGUUCCAAUACUUGUAGAACUUGUGGAAAUUGAGAUGGAGAUUUAUUAUUUACUGUUAUUUAUUUUUUUGUUUAAUCUAUGUUGCGUCGCGUCUGAGGCUAGUCUUAGGUACAUAUUCAUCCUUGAAAAACACGAUGUUGAUGUACCAGAACAAAUUGCCACAGCAAUCAAAACAAUUGAGAAAGCAAAACCAGGACUCCAUGUCUCUGAUGACAUCAUAUUUCUAGACAGAGAAAACGAAGAAGAUGCCUACAACCAACUUUGUUCCUCACUCUCUAAGGGUGUAUCUUCAAUAAUUGAUUUGUCGUGGGCCUCUUGGAAGAUUGGAUCUGGUCUGCCCAUCAUCAGAUCGUCUUUGGACUCACAGGAUCUGAUUACCGCUAUCAAUAGCUAUUUGGAAUCAAGGAAUGCGACGGAUGCAGCCAUUUUAGUUAAAACUGAAAAUGAUGUUGACAGGACGCUAUACACGCUCCUGGGCAAAUCGAACGUCAGAGUGUGGGUCAAUUCAGGUCUAACGAGGGACUCCGCCAGGUCCCUGUCAAAGAUGAGACCAGAUCCGAGCUUCUACAUCAUUGCCGGAGAUAGAAAUUUCGUCACAAGUACUUAUAAACGGGCUGUUAAAGAAAAGCUUGUGCGUCGAGAUUACCGCUGGAACCUGGUACUAAAUGAUUACGAGCCGUUUGACCCAGCAGUUUUGGUGUUGCCAUCUGUCAUAUUGCAAAUUGAUACAAAUGAAUGUUGCAAGCUUUUGGGUGUCAGCGAGUGUACUUGUCCUUCGAAUACUCAGCGUAAACAAUUGAUACUAACAAAUUUACUUCAGUACAUAUCAGACGCGUUUAUUAAAUUAAACAUAGGUUUAUCGAAGAUGACAUGUGACGCACACAAGAAUGACACUUUGGAUCAAAUUGACAUAUUUCAAAAUGGUGGCAAUGACAGCAUGUUUUAUUGGAAUGAAGAAGAUUCCAGUUUAAACCUCCGAUCUCCGUUCAUCUUGUCCACCUUCAAACCGAAUGAAGGUCUGCAACGAGCUGCUUCUUGGUCCUCAAAUGAAGACUUUAAAAUAAUACCGGGGUUUGAAUUUGAGCCUCUGAGAGAUUUCUUUAGGAUUGGGACUUAUCCGGCUGUGCCCUGGACUCUCCCAAAACUGGAUCCAGUGACAGGCGAUGCUAUGUUCACAGAAGAAGGACAGCCAAUGUACGAAGGAUAUUGUGUGGAUCUUAUAGAAAAAAUCGCAGAGGAAAUGGGUUUUGACUAUGAGAUAAUUACUCCAAGGACUGGUGAUUUUGGCAAGAGACUACCAAAUGGUACGUGGGAUGGUGUUGUCGGUGAUCUGAUGACUGGGGAGACUGAUAUAGCGAUAUCCGCUUUAACCAUGACGGCUGAAAGGGAGGAGGUUAUUGACUUUGUAGCGCCUUAUUUCGAACAAACUGGAAUACUUAUUGUAAUUCGUAAGCCAAUCCGUAAGACUUCGUUGUUUAAAUUCAUGACUGUUUUACGGACGGAGGUGUGGCUCAGUAUCGUCGCUGCCCUAUUACUAACUGGCCUGAUGAUAUGGCUUCUGGAGAAAUAUUCACCGUAUUCGGCCAGGAAUAAUCCAGAUGCAUAUCCGUACCCAUGCAGGGAGUUCACUUUAAAAGAGAGUUUUUGGUUCGCCCUAACCUCCUUUACACCACAAGGCGGUGGUGAGGCGCCCAAGGCCCUCUCGGGUCGGACACUUGUGGCUGCAUACUGGUUGUUUGUGGUACUCAUGCUGGCGACGUUUACAGCCAAUCUGGCUGCGUUCCUUACAGUUGAGAGGAUGCAGACACCUGUGUCAUCAUUGGAGCAGUUGGCUCGGCAGUCACGCAUCAAUUACACUGUAGUCGAGGGUUCGACAGUACACCAAUAUUUUAUUAACAUGAAGUUCGCUGAAGACACAUUAUACAGAGUGUGGAAAGAAAUAACAUUAAACGCGACCACUGAUCAAGCGCAGUACAGAGUUUGGGAUUAUCCAAUUCGUGAGCAAUAUGGUCAUAUAUUGCUCGCUAUUAAUGCAUCAGGUCCAGUACCAGAUGCGAAAACCGGCUUUCGACAAGUGAAUGAACACACAGAAGCCGACUUUGCGUUCAUACAUGAUUCAGCAGAAGUGAAAUACGAGAUAACAAGAAAUUGCAACCUCACUGAAGUGGGUGAAGUAUUCGCGGAGCAGCCUUACGCAAUUGCAGUCCAACAAGGUUCCAGGUUACAAGAGGACUUGUCAAGGACGCUUCUGGAUUUGCAGAAGGAAAGGUUCCUGGAACAGCUGGCUUCUAAAUACUGGAACGAAACAGCCCGUCAUACAUGUCCUGAUGCUGACGAAUCUGAAGGGAUCACUCUAGAGAGUUUAGGUGGGGUGUUUAUUGCGACAUUAUUUGGACUUGGUUUAGCGAUGAUCACCUUAGCCUGGGAGGUGUUUUACUACAAACGAAAGGAGAGAAAAGUGGAUGUGUGGGAAAAGCCGAAGAAAAUUGCAUUUUCCAAAGCGAAGAAGAGGAAAGGCCAGGUCACGAUUGGGGACAGGUUCAAACCAGUGUCACACAUCAGUGUAAAUCCAAAAACCGAUUACAUACCUUAAAAUAAAACAAAACAGAAAUCAUUUAUU